CAGCCCGCCGCAGAUCUGGCUCUGGCGUCUGGCUAGUGCGCGGCGGCCCGACCCGGCUAGUGUGCGGGCGGAGCCGGGCGGCGAGGCUGCUGCUGGCGGAUCGUGCCGGACUGCGGGCCGCGACAUGGAUUGUACUGUGCAGCCCAAAUUCCAGCCUCGUUGAGCCAGCCACACCAAGAGCUUUCCACCAGAAGAGCCCUUCCAAGUACUGACCAUGUCUAUCAUGGACCACAGCCCCACUACAGGGGUGGUCACGGUCAUUGUCAUCCUCAUCGCCAUUGCUGCCCUGGGGGCCUUGAUCCUGGGCUGCUGGUGCUACCUGCGGCUGCAGCGCAUCAGCCAGUCGGAGGACGAGGAGAGCAUCGUGGGUGAUGGCGAGACAAAGGAGCCCUUUCUCCUAGUGCAGUACUCUGCCAAGGGGCCAUGUGUGGAAAGAAAGACCAAGUUGAUGACCGCCAAUGGUCCAGAAGUGCAUGGCUGAGCUGGGCUGUGAAGGCCCUGGUUCCGUUUGCAGCCAGCCCAGAAGCACUGAGAGGGCCGAAGCAGACAUGAUGGAUGCUGUGUGAGAGAGGUUGACACUUGCUGGCAUGGUCUCUUCGGGCUUCAUCAUCGCAUGCACUGACUUGCGGGUCCCGGCUGUCCUGGCAUUCCCCCUCAGCCUCCUGGUGGGGCUGCCCAUUGCAGGCAGUGGGCAGGCCUGACCUUGCUGGGGCUCAUGGCCCCUUAGCGCUUUUGUUACUUGAAUGUUUUAGCUGAGCCUGUUUUUGAUGGAGCUACUACUGUAAUGCGUGAACUAACCAACCUGUGAACUGUAAAUAGGCCCAGAAGCACGUGCUUAAGCCUUUUUGCUGAUUUUUAAAAUUACCACAUAGAGCCCA